CGGGGCCGCGGGAGGAGCGCGGCGGGGCCGGGAUGGCGGCGCGGGCCGGGCGGUGCUGCCGCGCCGGGCUGAGCUGCGGGGCUCUGCUGUCCCCGGCUCUGCUGUCCCCGGCUGCGCUGUGCCCGGCUCUGCUGUCCCGGGCCGCCGGCGAGGCCCUGGCCACGCCUCGCUGGGGACGCGCCGCUUUUUCGUCGGCGCCCGCGGUGAGCGGCAGGGAAGGGCCGCAGGCUCGGGAAGGUUUAGUAAGGAGAAGAGGCAGGACACCACAGUUUGUGAGAUCAGCUGCACCUCCCAGGACAGAGAAGAUGGCUGUGGAUCAGGACUGGAGCAGUGUGUACCCAACAGCAGCUGCCUUCAAACCUGCCUCUGUGCCUCUCCCAAUCCGAAUGGGCUACCCAGUGAAGAGAGGAGUGCCUCCACCAAAAGAAGGCAACCUAGAACUUAUCAAGAUUCCCAAUUUUUUGCAUCUUACUCCUCCUGCAAUUAAGAAGCACUGUGCAGCUCUUAAAGAUUUCUGCACUGAAUGGCCAAGUGCUCUGGACAGUGAUGAGAAAUGUGAGCAGCAUUUUCCCAUUGAAAUUGAAACAGUAGAUUAUGUUUCUUCAGGGACUUCUAUUCGGAAUCCCAAAGCAAGAGUGGUGACCUUAAGAGUUAAACUUUCUAACCUGAAUUUGGAUGACCAUGCAAAGAAGAAGCUUAUUAAGCUCGUGGGAGAGCGGUACUGUCGGGAGACAGAUGUGCUCACAAUCACAACAGACAGGUGUCCCCUAAGAAGACAGAACUAUGAUUAUAGUAUGCACCUGCUCACAGUUCUGUACCACGAAUCCUGGAAAACUGAGAAGUGGGAAAGCGAGAAGUCUGAGGAAGACAUGGAAGAGUAUAUCUGGGAAAACAGUCGCUCUCAGAAAAAUGCCUUGGACACAUUGCUUCGAAUAAGAGCCUCAGAGAAUGCCAGCAGUGUCACUAAGGAGGAGCUGCUGGCAUCUGAGGUGGUUAAGAAUUACAGAAACUCGGUCAUUGCGCUUAAAAAUGAAGGUGAAACAGAAAGUAACAUGUCUCAGUACAAGGAAUCUGUGAAGAAACUACUGAAUAUACAAGCAUGAGAGCACAGUCUGCAGGUACACCUGAUCAUUACAGAGUUAAGUACUGUGUUAGUGUUUCUUAAUGAUAUGGAUGGAUAAUUAUUCAGAACCUGAACCAAAAAAUGAAACUUGAUGAUGAGUUAAGUCCUGUCCAUGAAUCUUGUCCUUUGAAUAAAGUGUAUUUGGAUUUA